AUGGGGAAAAUUAUCGAGGUAAAGAAGAGUAAGGAUGGACAGAAUCAAGCAACGGUAGACCCAAACUUGGAGGAAGAAGACGAUGAAGUAAAUACUCAUGCAGCAGUAACUCAUUUUCCGAAAACAGCAGCAGUAAGGAGCAUUUCAAUAAUGUCGUUCUAUGUAUUGCCUGCGCUUCAAAAUAGUCAGCAUAUCAGUCGCUAG